AAGGAGAUUCGCGCCGUCUUCCUGUGGCUCUUCGCACAUCUCCUUCAGGGCUAUCGAUGGUGUCUCCAUAUAAUCCGAAUCCACCCUGAGCCCGCCAUAUGCUUCCAUAAGGCUGCAUUUUUGGGGCAGAGAGCACUAACUGAGGAUGACUUCCUGAUGAAGGUGCUGGACGGCAUGGCAUUUGCUGGGUUCGUGUCUGAGCGGGGUCCUCCAUACCGAGCCACAGACCUGUUUGAUGAUCUCAUAGCCAAUCAGGUGGAGCGCAUUCGACAGGAGACAGGAGAUCCUCAUAAAGUGAUGAAGCAUAUUAAAGAGCUGGCAGAUCACCUUUUCAAAAAUGAAAACCCAUACCCGGCAGUAAGCAUGCACAGAGUUCAGAGAACAGCUGAACACGCAAAGCCCCGCUUCCCACAGACCCCUUUCCCGCAUCUAGACGAGGUCUCCGUGCAGCUCUUUAUAGACCAUGCGACGGCAAAACUCAAAACAGCGCCACCUGUGGUCAAAGCCGAACUGAAGAGCAUGGUCCCAUCCGGACCUCCACUGGCUGACAUAGUGGACAGAAACGGGAAUGUGCUGGCCAACAGCGCCAGGAGGUUAGAGGUGGUCAGGAACUGCAUCACAUAUAUAUUUGACAACAAGAUGCUGGAAGCCAAGAAGUUAAUGCCGGCAGUAUUACGGGCUCUGAAAGGUCGGGCGGCACGGGUCUGUCUGACCCAGGAGCUGAACCUGCAUGUGCUGCAGAACAGGGCGGUUCUAGACACCCAACAGUUUGACUACAUCGUCCGCAUGAUGAACUGCACCCUGCAGGACUGCUCGCAUAUGGAUGAACAUGGUAUUGCUGCUGCUCUGCUGCCAUUGGUCACCGCCUUCUGUCGGAAACUGGGUGGAGGCAUCACUCAGUUCGCUUACAGCUGCGUACAGGAGCACAUGGUGUGGACGAACAUGCAGUUCUGGGAGGCCAUGUUUUUCAGUGAUGUUCAGAAACACAUCCGGGCCCUGUAUCUGGAGAACGAUGAGGAGGGAGACGCAUCUAGCCCUGACGGGGAGGGCGUUGGUGGUCAGAAGCGGCUGAGCGCUCUGGAGUUGGCGUCCGAGCAGAGCCGCCUGUGGCCCACACUUAGCAAAGAGCAGCAGCAGGAGCGCGUUCAGAAGGAAGAGAGCACGGUUUUCAGUCAGGCCAUCCACUAUGCCAACCGCAUGAGUUACCUGCUGCUGCCGCUCGACACCAGCAAGAACCGCCUGCUCCGCAACACCGGCCUGGGAGACUUGGAGAGCGUCAGCAACAGCUACGUCACUAACAGUAUUGCGGGCAGCAUGGCAGAAAGCUACGACACGGAGAGCGGCUUUGAGGAUGCCGAGACCUCGGAUGUUGCAAACUCUGUCAUUCGGUUCAUUAACCGUUUUGUUGACAAAGUGUGCAACGAGAGCGGCGUGACCAAUGAACACCUGAAGGCCCUUCACAUAAUGAUCCCAGACAUCGUUCAGAUGCACAUUGAGACAUUGGAAGCGGUUCACAGGGAGAGCAAACGACUGCCGCCCAUCCAAAAGCCCAAGCUUUUGAGACCAACGCUGCUCCCCGGUGAGGAGUUUGUGAUGGACGGCAUGCGGGUGCACCUUAUAGCAGACGGCCGAGAGGAAGCCACGGGCGCAAUGGGCGGUCCGCCUCUGUUACCUGCCGAGGGAGCCAUCUACCUCACUACCUACCGCCUCAUCUUCAAGGGCACGCCUGACCCUAACGUUGGAGAGCAAGUGGUCACCCGUUCCUUCCCUAUCGCUUCCCUCACGAAAGAAAAGCAGAUCUCUCUUAAAGUUCCCAUGGAUCAGUUCUUCCAGGAGAUACUCCUGCUGCGUUCCUGCACCUUUCAGCUGAUGAAGAUUGGCUUUGAUGAGGAGGUGGCAUCAGAUCUGGCGGAAGUGUUCAGGAAGCACAUGCAUAAGCUCAGAUACCCACAGCACGUCCAGGGCACAUUUGCCUUCACCAUGGGUCAGUCGGCAAAGCUGGUGGUGGAGCACAAGACCAAGGACAAGAACCAGUCGCUAAAAACGCUGUCUAAAAACCUGGUUAAAACUGCGAAGAGGACCAUUGGGCGUCAAUAUGUAACCCGAAAGAAGUAUUCUCCCCCGACCUGGGAAAACCGCAGCAGUUUACAGUCAGAGAUGGAUGAGGAUGAGAUCUCUGUGUCUGAAGAACCGGAUCAGAGUUCGCUCACGCUCUCCUCCACCAUCCGCUCAUCGGACCGGCAGACCAUGAGUAAUGUGGUCGAGCGGGCCUGCUGUCGGGACUACCAGCGGCUGGGACUGGGAACGCUCAGCAACAGCCUGACACGCUCUAAAAACGAACCCUUCCGGAUCUCCACCGCCAACCGGAUGUACACAGUCUGCCGAAGUUAUCCAGGGUUACUGAUUGUGCCUCAGAGCAUCCCCGAUGUCACUAUCCAGCGCAUCUCCCGCUGCUACCGGCAGAACCGCUUCCCUGUGGUGUGCUGGAGGAACUCACGCACCAAAGCUGUGCUACUACGCUCGGCUGGCCUGCAUGCUAAAGGCGUCGUGGGAUUCUUCAAAUCACCCAAUGCACCCACUGCAGGCCCGUCCCAGGCCGACUCCACCAGUCUGGAGCAAGAGAAGUAUCUGCAGGCCAUCAUCAGCUCCAUGCCCUCAUACAGCGAAGCCAGUGGUAGGAACACACUCAGUGGCUUCACCUCCUCACAGAUGAGCAGCUCAGACUCAUCAGACAAGCUGAGGCAGCCUAAAAUAGGAGCUUUAAUGAAACAAGUCAUGGGGACUAAAGAGGAGGUGCCAGGAACCUUCAGUCGAGGAGCGCUGGGUCAGAAGGCAAGGGUCAUCUCCCUCUCUCAGCCUAGAGUUUCAGUCAAGGCCCGCAAGUCACCUAGAGGAAAGUGGGGCAGUAUUCGUGGUAGUGGGCGGCUCAGCACGUAUGACCCUGAUGUGGGGAACAGGCUGGCUGGGAAAGAAUCCCCCCAGGCUAAUGGAGGCCCAUCCGAAACCUAUUUCCUUCGCCAACAAAGAGCGUAUCUCUACAUUAUUGGAGACAAGUCCCAACUCAAGGGUGGAAAGCAGGACUCCUUCCAGCAGUGGGAGGUGGUACCCAUCGAGGUCUUUGAUGUACGGCAGGUCAAGACCAGUUUCAAGAAGCUGAUGAAAGCCUGUGUGCCUUCCAUGUCCAACACUGAACCAAACAUGACCUUUCACCGCUGCCUGGAGGAGUCGGAGUGGAUGAAUCUGCUUCACAGGGUUCUACAGGUGUCCGUUCUUGUUGUGGAACUAUUGGACAAUGGUUCCUCCGUCAUGGUUAGUUUGGAAGAUGGCUGGGAUGUUACAACACAGGUUGUGUCCCUGGUGCAACUUCUGUCGGAUCCGUACUACCGAACGAUUGAUGGCUUCAGGCUGCUUGUGGAGAAAGAGUGGUUGUCAUUCGGUCAUCGCUUCAGCCACCGUGGAGCUCAGACGCUAGCCAGCCAGAGCAGUGGAUUCACACCUGUCUUCCUACAGUUCCUUGACUGUGUGCACCAGAUCCAUCUACAGUUCCCCAUGGAGUUUGAGUUCAGUCAGUACUAUCUGAAGUUCCUAGCCUACCACUACGUCUCCAACCGUUUCCGCACCUUCCUCCUGGACUCAGACUAUGAGCGCAUCGAGCUUGGUGUCUUGUAUGAGGAAAAAGGUGAGAGGAAGAACCCUCAGGUGUGCAAGUCUGUCUGGGAUUACAUUGACCGGCUCAACAAGAAGACCCCCAUAUUCUACAACUACAUGUUUUCACCUGAGGACGAUGAGGUCUUGAAGCCCUACAGUUUUAUCUCCAACUUGAAGGUUUGGGACUUUUACACAGAGGAAACGCUUUCUGAGGGUCCGUCCUUUGACUGGGAAUUAGUGCGGGGUCGGCCGGAGAAGCCACAGGAGGAAACCAGUGAUAGACAGGAGACGACAGCCCCCAAGUCCCAGCGGAGGAUCGUCUGGCCGUGUUAUGACAGCCUCAGUAAAGUACUACCUGAUGCCAUCACCAAACUCUUGCAGGACGUGCAGAACCUGGAAACUGAGUUGGGGCAACCUACGGAAAAAUGGAAGGACACAUGGGACAAGAUAAAGACAGCCCAACGGGUUGAGUCCAAACUAGAGAGCAGGCACUCCUUCUCCAGUUCUCUGCUCAUGUCGUCUAAUCUGAGUCACCAGCGCUGCUCUCAGGGUGUGUAUCUGCAGCAGAGCGGGGUCGGCUCCUCCAUCAACCUGGCUCUGGACUGUGAGGUCAGCGCCACAUCCACACCUGCAGCUGGUCGACCCAGUACCAGCACACUCUACAGCCAGUUCCAGAGCACUGAGAGCGAGAACAGGAGCUUUGAGGGUGUUUUAUACAAAAGAGGCGCUUUGCUGAAACCUUGGAAACCACGUUGGUUUGUACUGGAUAAGACCAAACACCAGUUGCGAUACUAUGACGCGAGGCAGGAUAAAGACUGUAAGGGAGUAAUCGAGCUAGCCGAAGUGGAAUCUGUCAUUCCGGGGACGCCCACCAUGGGAGCACCUAAAAACAUAGAUGAGAAAGCCUUCUUUGAUCUCAAGACGACCAAAAGAGUGUACAACUUCUGUGCCCAGGACAGCACGCACGCGCAGUUAUGGAUGGACAGUAUUCAGAGUUGCCUAUCUGAUGCGUAGGGGGAGGGGCCUUGCAGAGGACAGAACUGUGACACUUAGUGGGGGGCGGAGCCAGUGAAGGGCAGUGCUCAUAGCCAAUGGGCAGCGCUUCCCGAAGUUUACAGAGGGAAGUUGGAAAGGGCUUCCGUAUUGGUGGUAUUGAACUUUAUGAUGUCGCACCUCACCACAUUUCAGCGUUUUU